AUGGUUCAAUUUUCCAUAGAACGGAUUCAAAAAAAUAUCAACAAUAAAUCAUGUUUAUUCCCAUUUGUGUUCUUAUCGGUUGCAACGGUAAUCACCUUCAUUGGGUUGGUUUUCUACAUUCAAUUUGCACUGAAAUCACUCGUCUCUGUGCGACAGAGUUAUAAUCGUACGAACGCCGUUUCUCUGAUUGACCCAUGUAAUGACUUCUAUCAAUAUGCUUGCUCUGAUUGGGAAAAUAAUCACGCCGUUCCAGAAGGCGAGUUGGAAAUAACCAGGGUUUCACAAAUCACAGAAAAGACACUUCAUGACAUCUGGAAAAUAAUUGCGAAUGGGUCGUAUUCCACGAACGAUACUCGGCUAACUACUGUUCGUAAAUUCUACAAAUCCUGUGUGGACCAUGGAAAUAUUUCUUUUCAGCAGAUUAGAAGACAGACAAAUCGAUUGAUAGAAAAAUCAUUUGGUGGAUGGGAUUUGUUGCCGUCUUCUUCUCCUCAAAAUCUAUCAGAAACAGUAACGCCAGAACAAGAAGUUGACAAUUUCAGUUUAAAUGAUAUCUACUUUCCGAUUCUGAGCAUGACAGGAGGUUGCCCAUUAUUUUCCAUGGAUAUUAAAGAGGGAAGAAAUGUGAUUGAGAUUUCAGAUGGAAAAUUCGCCUCGUAUAUGGACGCCUGUGAAACAGAGGUGGACGCUGCAAAUAUUGCUCCAAAGUAUUACGAAUAUGCAUAUAAACUGGGAGUAUCUCCAACCGAGAAGGGAAGUUGA